GCUGCGUCGCCUGAUGAUGACGUAUGCAGCAGCGCCUGCCGGUCCAGUUGUUGACAGUUCGAACUACAGCGUUUUCUCCGCAGAACAAACCGAGGGACGGACUCUGUGAGGCUCCGGUGAUGCACACGUCGGUGCGUGAAAUCCACGUCUCCUCUCAGCCUGACUCCGCCUACUUCCUGCGGGUGGACUGGAGGGGGCGGGGCUUAGGUUCAGGCUUCCACUUGCUGCUGACUGACGGACAGGAUGCGUGGAGAGGAGAGGUGAGCGAGGCGGUGGUGUGUGCCGAGGCCGAGGAGCUGGAGAUGCAGACGGAGAGGUACGUCCAGAACCUGCAGCAGGCGCUGACUGGGACAGAGAGCUCCGUCAGCUACAGCUUCACCCUCACACCGUCUCCACCAAACCACAGCUCCACUGUCACGCUGGCGUAUGAGAAGGUGCAGAAGGACAUCUCAUUCAGGUUGGGUUCUGUUUCACUGAAGUCCGUCCCAGAACCGACGGAGGCCGUGAGAGAGUUACUGGUUCACAGUCUGCAGAGGGGAAACACACUGGAGCACCAGAACCAGGACCUGGAGGAGGAGAACCAGAGACUGAGACGAGAACAGCAACGCAUCACUGCAGAACUGAAGCGAUACACUGGUGGGAAGGAAACCCUGGAGGCAGAGCUCUACUCUCGGUUUGUCCUCGUCCUGAAUGAGAAGAAAGCCAAGAUCCGCAGUCUGCAGGAAACUGUCACACAGCUGCAGGAAACGAGGAGCUCUAAGGGACGGAAACAGAAGGAUUCAGCCAAAUCAGACCGAACAGCAGGAGGUCAGGAGGAGGAGGCCGAGGAUGAAUAUGGAGGGAGCACUGACGAGGAGCCAGAGGAAGUGCAGACGACUCCAGCUCCCACGGUACAAUCCAGGGAGUCCUCUACUGCCGAGUCCAUUGGACGACAGCCUGAAGGACAUCACGGACGUCGCCCCCAGUCGCAAACGCCGCUUUCGUCACCUCGGGGCCCCGGACCCGGCCCCGCAGACCUCCCAGAAAAAGAGGAGUGACUCCCCUGCAGGAUCCAGUAAGCAGCAGACUCCCCAGCGCUCUGCAGAUGCUGUGGCAGCAUGUUCAGCAGCAGAGGACCUGUUUGAGGACUUCUGACCCUUCAGAUAAACAUGAUCCCAGCACUGAUGUAUACUGAUAAAAGCUCUGAUAUUUUUGUAGUGAAGUUAUGGAUUAAGGCUCAGGGACGUCAGUUAACUUAUUUCAAAGGAACUGUGCCGGUAAACAGCAAACAGACUGGUGACAAGUUAAUGGAAAACUCAACAUGAAGUGUUUUUCCAGGUGUGAAGAACAUUAUUCUCCUAAAAGAUGUGACUUUUGAUGAUUUUUAUUAGUCAGAAAGUUUUGCAAAGAUAAAGAGACCUCUUCUCAAGAAGAACGAAUCUGAGUUCCUCAGAACAACAUCUGUUUACAUUCAGGUGACAGCUUCUUGCAGCAGCCGUAGUAAUUCUCUCUGACGGUGACGGUGGACUGAUGGGUCAACAAAACAUCAGCCUUUAACACCAGAGACCGAUGUUCCUUUCCCUUUUUUUUUAGAGCGUGACCACGAUCAUUUCACAACGUUAACCACAUGUUUAUUAAUGUAACUGUAACCAGAAAUGUUCCCUGCUCUCAAUCUGGUCGUCAUUUUAAUCCAAACCACGGCCUUUAACCAACCGAUCCUUUACCACAGCGCUGCCACAUCAAAACACAGAUUUGUAUGAGUUUUGGAGGCGCAGACGGAUGACGGUGUCCUGCUGAUAGUGGCGUCAGAUCAGUGUCCAGGACGACUGGUUUGUGCCAACCUUACAAACUGUUAGCAGCACUCCUCUUUAUUACAGUGUAUAAGCAUGACGUUUGCCAAGACUGUAAAACGUGUGCGUGCUCUGCAUCUCACCAACACGUGUGUGAAUCCAUCUCUGCUCACAAGCCAAAGAGAAAAGUAAAAUGUCAGUCCUUGUUAUUUUAACACUUUUAUUCUGACACACUGGAGCUUCAUCUUUAGGUGAAGAAAAGGAAGCAGCUGAGCUGAUAAAUAAGGCAACACUGAACAGGAGACUGAUGUUUACACAUCCAUCAUGUUCUCCACCAGCAGUCGACCCACACCACAGACUGGUGGUUUCAGUGAAAGCUCUUGUGGGGAGCACUGUCUUAACUCAUCACUCCACCCACACAGAUUCAGCUGGGUUCAGAUCUGCAGUCUGUGAAGGCCACAACAUUCAGUUUUCACCAGUUUCUCCUUCGACCUGUCACCUGUCUGUGGUUUUACAGAAUCGUAAAAAGAACGUGUUGUUGUGCUUCAUGAACUGUGAUUUCUAUAAUUUGUCUUUUUAAUAUUUGUACCAAUAAACCACACUGUCUUUUUCAAACGAU